AUGUCUGUAAUUUUAUCCACUAUGGAAUUGAUUACUUAUAUUUCUAAUACAAUUGUUAAAGGGUGUGGAUUUGAAGCAUGUUGCUUGAUGUAAGAUUUUUAAAAUUUACCUUUAUAAGAUAUGACAGUUGUUGGGGAAAAAGGUGUUAAUUUAAGUGGCGGAUAAAAAGUUAGAAUUUCUUUAGCUAGAGCUGUUUAUGCAGAUAAUGACUUAUAUUUAUUAGAUGAUCCGCUUUCUGCUGUUGAUUCUAGAGUAGCAUAGAUGCUUUUUAAUAAUGUUAUUAAAGGACUAUUGAGAAAAAAAGGCGUGUUACUUAUUACACAUUAACUUAAUUAUGCUACUUAGUGUGAUGAUAUUGUAGUUCUUAAUAAUGAAGGAAAAAUAGCUUUAUAGGGAAGCCUUAAGGAAGUUGAUUUAAAUGAAAUUAAUCUCGAUAAAUAUAUCUAAACUGAAAGUGAUCAGAAAAGAAUAUAAUUAAUAAAUUGA